AAGAGGUUACACGUAAUUUGAAAUGGAGAAAAAGGAAGUAAUCGCAUUUCUUCGUAGUUUGGCGCCACCUACCGGUCACUCUGUUCCGCCCUCUCUUCUGCCGCUCGGUGCUGCGCUGGGCUCAGGCCUGCCCGCGGUUUCAGUACAGGUGACGUGAUGCCUCAGUGUGGGUUCAGCUUCGAGUGCAGGCGGAGGGAGGCUCAUCACAACACCUGUAAGGCCAACAGUCUGCUCCGCAAAGACAAUCCUGAUGCAGGUUGGAUUAGCAGGGCAGACCGCCAACAUGGAGCCAAUGAGAGCGCUAAAGCUGGCUCACUGGACCCCCCCUAUCCACCACGCAAGAAUAAUGGUUAUUUUAACUAUUCCCACAACAGUAAGAGUACCAGAGCUGUGUCCCGGAAGAACUCCUCGACACAAAAGGGCACAUUUUCACCACUCGCUACCGGUGCAACAGCUGGAAGAUUCACAGGUACAGAUGUGCUGGGCUGUUCUGCAGCCAUUGGUGCCGCCAGGUUUGGUGGUGUCGACCCGUCUGAGCAAGCGGUACCAGAUCCCAGCUUAUCUGCAUCCAAGAGGAAACAAAGAGGAAAGAAACACUUCAGAAACGAGAAGAAAAGAGAUAAGAACAUGACCGAUCUAGGAGGUUAUACGCCACUCGUGAUGCCGUUGCAGGAGGAAGAGGACUGGGAAGAAGAGAUCCUAGAGGCCACUUUCAAAAACAGGGAAAAGAUGAUUUUAGAGGCCGCACCUUAUGGUCCAGAGGACGUGCUCCACUUUUCUCUGCAGGAUUUGACACUUCGGCAGAGCGACUCGGUCAACCCGCCAGCGACGGCCAAUUACAGCCCCGCCGUGCACCACGCACACCCCAUCCGAUGGAGAUGCUGCCGCGUUCCUGCUGAAUCAGAGCAGUUUGCAGAUGCCGGGGAGUAAGCCAGACUGUUGAGGCAAAACUGCCAUCGAAUAAGAUCUGGGGGCUUAGCUAUUUUAAAGUUGACCCUGUUUGGGGAUCCUGGAUAGAAACUGCAAAUAGAACAGUUGCCAUAUGAGCGUUUUUUUUUUUUUUCUUCAAAUAGGGCUUCAGUUUCAUAAAUUGAAAGGUAAAUAUUUACUCUAAUUUCAGCAUCAAAUACGUUAAUUGACUUUGAAGUUAUAAAUUGUAAGAAAGCAUCUAAGUUGUAGGCAGGUUCUUUUAUUCUAGGUUCUAUUUGAUCAUUUUAGUUAGGAUUUUUAUUUCUUUUUUAACCCAAUAAUCAUUUAUUUAGCUCUUGCCUUUGUGGUCUUAAAUGUUUUUAGUUAUCUACCAGACUCCUGCUAUUCUUGCUCUUUUUAUAUUUUUAAAUAUAAUUUUAAUAGUUUUGUUUUAAAGGUGGCUGAUUUGAGAAGAGCGAUCAAUUGUAUUGUCUAUAAAACAGCACACGUUCGUCAAAAACAGACAUGAAGGUGGUAUUUUAAUUUAACAAAGGAAAGUCGGCUUCCAGUGGAAAUCUGGUUCAACUCUGUAACACCACCAACAUAUCUGCUUCUUCAUGCUCUACUUUUCAUUUUCUUAGCUAGAAUAAAUCAGAUUUUCCUCAAA